AGUUGUUUUUGGAAGUUUUAAGGCGAUUUGGAAAAAAAGCCACGCGAUAUUUCCUUCCUUGUCCCCCCUUGAAGACGCACCCGUUUGGACUCUACCGAUUUACCGCAAUAAGGAUGUAUCGAAACUUUGGGAGAGGCAACCCGAUGUACACAGGCAGCGUCUCUGCGUCAAACUCCCUGGGAACUCCCAAUACUACAACUACACAACAGGAGCAGAAGUUUACAAUGGCUGGCAGCAGUCAGUUUGUACCAAGCCUUAAUGCCAUCACAACCAACCAGGACCUCCAGUGGUUGGUCCAGCCCUCCCUCAUGCAUCCUCCGGGCCCUUCCCGAUCUCCAGUACCCCCCUAUCCAACCCUCUCAGGGGCACGGACUCUGGGUCCACCACCUUCCCAUCUUCUCAGACCAGGAGUCAUAAGAGCAGCAACAAACACUACUAUUUCAACAAGGCGCAGGAACGAUGACCAUUUAUCUCAGGAAGAGAUGCAGAGACGUAGAAUACGAAGGGAGAGGAAUAAAUUGGCUGCAGCAAAAUGUCGCAAUCGCCGUCGGGAGCUGACAGACACACUGCAAAGUGAGACUGACCUGCUGGAGGAUGAAAAGUCCAAAUUACAGAAGGAAAUAGCUGAAUUACAAAAGCAGAGAGACAGGCUUGAGCUGGUCCUGGAGGCUCACCGUCCCAUUUGUAAAAUUGAGGACUCGGAUUCAGAUUCUGACCCAAUCCCAUCAACUUCCUCUUUGGGAGGCAUCAAACUAGAGCCACGGGAGUUUAGCAGACCCGGACCCUCGACCAAACUGCCACCAAAGAUGGAGAAGCCCAAACCAAAGAUAACCAUCCCCACCAAGCAUGUGAAGUUGUCUGCCUCUACCACUGAAUCCGAUUCUCUCCACACCCCGGUUCUCACAUCUACUCCCUCUCUCCUACCCUUCACAGCUGGUAUGGUAUUCACCUAUCCCUCUGCCUCUUUAGACACUAGCGCCUCCAUCACGUCCCAUGCUACAUUACACCAGGGAAACAACCACCAGUCUCAAGUCCCACAGCACUGUGGGAUAGCUCAUCGCCGCAGCAGCAGCAGUGGAGACCAAUCGGAUCACUCCCUGCACUCCCCGACCAUCCUCACUCUGUGAUUUACUGCUAUCUCGUCCUGGCAAAACACUAAUGUUAAUUUCAUCAUGUGUGAAGAGGGAAAUGAAAAUGAUAAUUCAGCAGGAUAAGAAUGUUACUCUCUUUCAAGUAUUGAUAUAAAUAUAAAGUCUUUAUAUUUCUAAUUUUAAAAGAUAGAUAGAAUGAGUUUGUUGGAGUUUCAAAACAAAGCAUUGCACGCAGUGUUAAAGAAUAAUACAACUGUGAUAACUAUCUAAUAAUAUAUUAAUAACGAUAACUCAGUAUAAUAUUGCAUUUAACAACUUUUUACAUUGUUACGUUAUUAUUACGUAACAUUUGAUGUACUUCCUCACCAAGGAAAAUAGAGUACUUAUAAGUAAAUGGUCCUUAUUUUUGUAUGAAUUUUUGUAUGAAACCUAAUAUUGUCUAUGCAAAUAUUUAACCACUAAGGCUGGGCCAUAGGAGGUAAUAUAGAUUGUAUUACCACAUAUUUAUUCUUGAGUAUAAUAUAUUUUUGCUAAUGUUUUUAUUGUAUCUGACAGAUGAACUGUUUUGGAGGGCAGUGCCUUACUUUAAUCUCUUGUUAAAACGGUACUGCUAGACAAUAAAGAGUAAAUAACUUGUUCA